GGAAAAGAAAAUUUCGAUCUUCCUUCUUUAGGCUUUGCUUCUUCUCCAACCUCAGCUGGAAAAAAAAAAGAAAAGAAAAAAAGAACUGCUUAAAAACAUAUUUUCCUUUUCUUUCGUUUUGUCGAACUUUCCCUUCUUCGUUUUUUUUUUAAAUUUUUUUUCAAUCAAAAUCAAUUUUUUUUCUUUUUUGGGUAAAAAAAAAAUUUCCUUGUCAUAUUAAAUCGAAUUCUGAUCGCCAUGGCUGCAAAGAUUAUUGCCAACUUAAUUGUGAUGGGCUCAGGCAUAUUGGCUCGGGCUGUUGUUCAGGCAUACCGUCAAGCACUUACAAAUGCUGCCAAAUCCGGUGUUGCCCAGGAGACACUACAAAAUGCAGCCCGUAGGGCUGGCAAAGUCAUGACGGAGCAAGAGGCCAGGCAGAUUCUUGGUGUAAGUGAGGAGACUGCUUGGGAGGAGAUAAUCAAGAAGUAUGACAAUUUGUUUGAGAAGAAUGCCAAGAAUGGGAGCUUCUACCUACAGUCAAAGGUUCAUAGGGCUAAGGAGUGCUUAGAGUCUGUCUAUCAAAGCAAAGGGGAAGGCACUCCGCCUAGUUGAGAAUCCAUCAAGGUUUGCUAAUUGCACAUAGAGACACCUGUUUAUAUACUAAUUCUAGUAUGAUGAAUGAUCUCAAAGAUUUAAAUAGUACGUAUCGGCUCUUCUGCUUGUUCGUUUUCUGGAUUCAAACACUUACUAGAAUUUUAUGUCGUCAAUGUUAAAUUAGUUGAAUGGCUGCAAAUAAUAACUUAUUUUUGGAUAA